GUCAUUUCCGUUUCAAAACGAUCUAAAAAAAAAAAAAGAAAAAGCCGCAGAAGUUUUUUGUUUGUUUGUUUGCAGUGAAACGGGCAGUGGAUGUGGGCUGUGUCGGUCGAAAACUUUUCGGCGACUUUUGAUUGAACACCGAGGCGACAUCGGCUUCGCGACGAUCAUUGCCGGAUGCGUGUCGGCCUCCGAGUGUGGUCAGAGUGAAGUGCUUCUCCGACGUGCGACCGAGACCCUCGCUUGAACACGCGGCGCCGCCCGAUAUGGAAAUCUGCGGCUGGUGCGGCGACAAAACGGAUGCACCUUGAAGCUAAGCUGGAGGAUAAGAAGCGUCGUGCCUGCGAGCAUCUGCAGUGUGGCAGGAGGAUGGGCGACAUCUGGGUGCAGUGCUUUGCCUGCUGCGUCACCGAGCAACCAGCUCCGAAGCGGCGGCGGCGGAUAGACCGGUCCAUGAUAGGGAAUCCGACCAACUUCCAGCACACGGCCCACGUGGGCUCUGGGGACAUGAGCGUCCAUCUGAAUGCCCUGCAGAACCAGAUGGCCUCGAAAGGGGGCUACGAGUACGCCCUCCCUGUGAAUGUGUCCAUUCCUGUCGUGGAUGUCCAGCAAUGACACGAAAGCUGCUCAUGCAGCCUUCCGAGUGCCACGGUGGAAAGGACGCCCUGCCUGCUGGAGUGUGGACGCCCGUGAUGCCGAGCCGGUGGAUCAACGCCCUCGCCCUGCCAGUCACUGUGCGCCGCCCGGCCGUCUCAUCGGCUCCUCGUCAUUUGCCAAGCGUCUCCCCCGCAUGCGCGGACGCCUUUUGUCCGAAUGCACCGGGACAUCUCAAAUGGACUGGGACGGCCGUCGCUCCUGCCGCCUUUGUGUUCUCGCACCCCGCCCCCUGGCACUGGCGGAGCGGCGAUGCGUCCAAAUCGGUUGUGCCGACGGACUGACGAACUCGAGCCCUUUGCGCUUUCCUUUUAAAAAAAUCCUUUUACAGAUUAGACGAGCACCUUUGUACAUAAGGUUGUGUUUGCGGGGUGGAAAUGCGAAUGCUAGGACAGCUUAGGAUAGCAGUCAGUCUCGCUCGGAGGCUGUAGCGUUGCUUGCAAUCGGCCGUUGUCCGGUCGCAAUUUUACCGUCGUCGACUCCCAACUAGAAUGUCGUGCAAGCCGUUCGUGCGAGUAUUGCCCACGCGUAUCCUCCCCGGAAAGGAAGUGGACACGUGAAACCGACCUGGAUCGAAGAAGCUGCAUUGCCACAGGAGCGGAUGGCCUGGCCAGGAUGUGAGGUACAAAUCGGUGGGAAUGACUAAAGGCAUUUUGUGCCGUGUGAGAGUGGUAGUGUUGUUCUAUUUAAAGAGUACCUCUUGGGGAACAAACGAGCUGCGUAAAGAGUAAUAAACUGCUUUUUAUUAAGUGAAGUA